UCUUUAUUAUAAGUAUACAGACAAAUCCUCCUGCGCAUUACCACCACCAACCCACCAUCUUCAUGGGACAAAGCUUAAAUCUUUAUUAACCUCUCUUUUUGUUGUCCCUCCUUGGCAACCCCCAUUUUGCUCUUCCUCUUUUGGAUUCUGUUUCCUUGGUCUUCAUUCCAUGGAACGUGCAAGGAGACUGGCGAACCGGGCGAUUUUCAAACGCCUGGUUAACGAGUCUAAGAGAUCCCGCAACCAUGAAUCUUGUUUGUUGAACUCCUCCUCCCCUGUUCUGUACACUCCUUCAAGGUACGUGUCUUCUCUCUUACCGUUUGCUUCUAAAAAUGGUAGAUCAGAUGUAUUACCCACAAGAAAUGGUGUUGGUUAUGGUGGUGGUAUUGGUCCGCAAAUUCGGUCUAUAUCUAUUGAGGCUUUGAAGCGGAGUGAUACUUUCCCUCGCCGGCAUAACUCUGCAACCCCAGAAGAGCAAACCAAGAUGGCGGAGUCAUGUGGGUUUGAUAAUCUUGAUGUGCUUAUUGAUGCUACAGUCCCUAAAUCUAUACGUAUUGAUUCAAUGAAGUUCUCUAAAUUUGAUGGGGGUUUAACCGAGAGCGAAAUGAUUGAACACAUGCAAAGUUUAGCAUCAAAAAACAAGGUUUUCAAGUCAUAUAUUGGGAUGGGCUACUACAAUACUUAUGUUCCACCUGUGAUUUUGAGGAAUAUAAUGGAAAAUCCCGCUUGGUAUACUCAGUAUACCCCGUAUCAGGCUGAGAUAUCUCAAGGUCGUCUUGAGUCUCUGCUUAAUUACCAGACCAUGAUUACGGAUCUCACUGGCUUGCCCAUGUCUAAUGCUUCCUUGCUCGAUGAGGGGACAGCUGCUGCUGAGGCAAUGGCUAUGUGUAAUAACAUACUCAAAGGGAAAAAGAAGACAUUUAUUAUUGCAAACAAUUGUCACCCACAAACAAUUGAUAUUUGCAAGACUAGAGCUGGUGGUUUUAAUCUUAAUGUUGUUACUGCCGACUUGAAGGACAUCAAUUACAAGUCUGGCGAUGUUUGUGGGGUUUUAGUUCAGUAUCCUGGCACUGAGGGAGAAAUAUUGGAUUAUGGGGAGUUUAUUAAAACUGCUCAUGCUAAUGGGGUAAAGGUUGUUAUGGCAACAGAUUUGUUGGCCUUGACAAUGUUGAAGCCGCCGGGUGAACUUGGGGCUGAUAUUGUUGUUGGCUCAGCCCAGAGGUUUGGAGUGCCUAUGGGGUAUGGAGGUCCUCAUGCUGCGUUUUUAGCCACCUCUCAAGAGUACAAGAGGUUGAUGCCUGGUAGAAUUAUCGGUGUCAGUGUUGAUUCCUCGGGCAAGAGUGCUCUUCGUAUGGCCAUGCAGACUAGGGAGCAACAUAUCCGCAGGGAUAAGGCUACUAGCAACAUCUGCACUGCUCAAGCAUUACUUGCGAACAUGGCGGCUAUGUAUGCUGUUUAUCAUGGACCUGAAGGCCUAAAAUCCAUUGCCCAACGCGUCCAUGGCCUUGCUGGGACGUUUGCACUGGGACUCAAGAAACUUGGAACAGUGGAAGUUCAAGGUCUUCCCUUCUUUGAUACUGUGAAGGUUAAGUGUGCUGAUGCUCAUGCAAUUGCUGAUGUUGCAUACAAAAAUGAGAUUAAUUUGCGGAUUGUAGACUCAGACACUAUCACUGUUUCCUUUGAUGAGACAACCACUUUGGAGGAUGUUGAUAAGCUUUUCAAAGUUUUCGCUUGUGGCAAACCUGUCCCCUUCACUACAGCAUCUAUUGCAUCCGAAGUUCAGACUGCAAUCCCUUCUGGUCUGGCAAGAGAGAGCUCUUUUCUGACCCACCCUAUUUUUAACACAUAUCACACCGAGCACGAGUUGCUCAGAUACCUUCAUAGGUUACAGUCGAAGGAUCUAUCACUUUGCCACAGUAUGAUUCCAUUGGGAUCUUGUACGAUGAAGUUGAAUGCAACUACUGAAAUGAUGCCUGUAACAUGGCCAAACUUCACUAAUAUUCACCCAUUUGCUCCUAUUGAGCAGGCUCAGGGUUAUCAGGAAAUGUUCAACAAUUUGGGAGACCUCCUGUGUACCAUUACUGGGUUUGAUUCUUUCUCAUUGCAACCUAAUGCUGGUGCUGCUGGUGAAUAUGCAGGACUGAUGGUUAUCCGGGCAUAUCAUAGGGCCAGAGGAGACCAUCAUCGCAAUGUGUGUAUCAUACCUGUUUCGGCACAUGGAACCAAUCCUGCGAGUGCUGCUAUGUGUGGGAUGAAAAUCGUUGUUGUUGGAACUGAUUCAAAGGGAAACAUCAAUAUUGAAGAAUUAAAGAAGGCUGCUGAAGCUAAUAGGGAUAACUUGUCUGCUCUCAUGUAUGAAGGUACUACUGGUGGUAUCCCAGCCCCAGAAAAAUCUCAACCCCUUGGCUCCAUUGCUGCUGCACCUUGGGGCUCCGCACUCAUCUUGCCCAUAUCUUAUACCUACAUAGCCAUGAUGGGUUCUAAGGGACUCACUGAGGCUUCAAAGAUAGCAAUUCUGAAUGCAAACUACAUGGCAAAACGUCUUGAGAACCACUACCCUGUUCUCUUCCGCGGUGUCAAUGGAACAGUUGCUCAUGAAUUCAUUGUGGAUUUACGAGGGUUUAAGAAUACUGCUGGGAUAGAGCCCGAAGAUGUAGCCAAGCGCCUUAUGGACUAUGGAUUCCAUGCACCAACGAUGUCUUGGCCUGUUCCAGGAACAUUAAUGAUUGAGCCCACUGAAAGUGAAAGCAAGGCGGAAUUAGAUAGAUUUUGUGAUGCUCUUAUCUCUAUCAGGGAAGAAAUUGCACAGAUAGAGAAGGGAAAUGCUGAUAUCCACAACAAUGUCCUGAAGGGAUCGCCUCACCCUCCAUCUUUGCUCAUGGGAGAUGCCUGGUCAAAACCAUAUUCCCGUGAAUAUGCAGCUUUUCCUGCUCCUUGGCUCCGAACAUCUAAGUUCUGGCCUACUACAGGUCGUGUUGACAACGUGUACGGUGAUCGCAACCUCAUCUGCACUCUCCUCCCAGCGUCACAGGUUGCGGAAGAACAGGCUGCAGCAAGUGCUUAGUGUUCUCCAGAUGCAACCAUGAUGCCUGAAAACAUUUCUUGUUGCUCAUGAUGUGUAUAUAAACUUUCCGAAAAAAUCAUAUUCAUAUGCUCUUCCACGCCUCGGUACCUUGAUUUCUUUCAAAACUGAUAAUCAGUUGCUUAAUAAUAACGAUCAUUCCUAAAAUUGCAACUCAAUGUUGUAAUUAUCA